AUGAAUGUAGUAGCUCAAAAACCAGAAUCAGAACAACAAGAAGAAGAUGAUCAUACUAAUACUAUACUCAGCUUCUUCAAACCCGCCACAAAACCGAAAAAGCCCUUUUCGAAUCCUUCGACUACCGAAAAGGGGGAAUCUUCCAAUUCCAAAGGCGACGAGUACCCACCGCCUCCGCCGCCUUUGCCGCCACCGUCUAGUUUAAUCUGCGAAAUCUGCAAAGAACCCAAAUCGCCCAAAAAAGCUUUCACCAUCAGAGGCUGCAUACAUUCUUACUGUACAAACUGCGUGACCGAUUACGUGGCGUCCAAGCUUCGAGAAAACAUUCUUAAAAUCGGGUGCCCGGAUCCCGGUUGCCGAGGAGGGUAUCUGGAUCCGGAUCAUUGCCGGCCGAUAAUCCCACCGGAGGUGUACAAUAGGUGGGGAAGCGCGUUGCGGGAUCAGGUUGUUGUGAUCGUUAGGUCUCACAGAUUCUAUUGCCCGUACAGGGAUUGCUCGAUGAUGAUGACGAUCGACGACGACAGUGUGAGGAAAUCGGAGUGUCCGAACUGCUGGAGAUUAAUCUGCGCAAAGUGUAGAGUUCCGUGGCAUUUGGGGAUGCAGUGCUUGGAGUUUCGGGGGCUGAAUAGGAACGAAAGAGACGAGGAAGAUAUAACGUUGAUGAAGCCUGCACAGAGAAAGCGUAGGGUAAAGUGUCGAAAUUGCAGGUUCUAUGUUGACAGAACAAGGGACAAAUGCACUAGGUGUGGAAAGUAUUUCAAUAACAGAAAUCGAAGGGUGCAGUUUUGGAAUAAUUCUUUUAGUUACGCGAUUUUCAAAGAAUAA